UCUUUCGCAACUUGACGUGUCGGAGCCCGAGAUAAGUUUGCGACAUUUCUCUUUAUCCUUUCCGCAGGUAAAUGCGUUGCGGUGAUUCGCUGGACGAGGGUUCGAGCCCAAGGGUUUUGUAGAUUCCGACGAAAGGAAACCGGGAGUUCUUUCCGCUCCUGCUCCACCUGGCCUCCGUGCUUGCGCCACCUCUACUGCUUUUCUGCUCCUCCUGCACUGGUCGACUCCGAUGCCUCUCAUUUCUUUUCCCGCGCUCACGUGUCCGCCAUGGAAAUCUAAUUCUAUUAAAUUUUUCUCGGUCCGCGCCUCAUCUCCAGAUGUUACAUUGUUAGAUUAUGGUGCUGGAAACGUUCGAAGUGUGCGCAACGCCAUUCGCCAUCUAGGAUUUAGUGUUAAAGAUGUGCAAAAUCCAGAAGACAUUCUUGAUGCUAAACGCCUUAUUUUUCCUGGUGUUGGGGCCUUUGCAGCAGCAAUGGAAGUGUUAGAGCGAACUGGGAUGGCCGAGCCACUUUGUAGAUACGUAGAGAGUGAUCGUCCAUUUUUGGGGAUUUGCCUUGGACUUCAAUUAUUGUUCGAGUACAGUGAAGAGAAUGGUCCAGUAAAAGGUCUUGGUUUGAUACCUGGUGUUGUUGGACGUUUUGAUUCAUCAAAUGGUCUCAGAGUACCUCAUAUUGGCUGGAAUGCUUUGCAAACCACCAAAGAGACUGAAAUUUUGGAUGAUGUUGGAGGGCAUCAUGUCUAUUUUGUUCAUUCCUAUCGUGUGAUGCCUACAGAUGCUAACAACGAGUGGAUUUCAUCAAUAUGUAAUUAUGGUGAUAGCUUUGUUUCGUCUAUAACAAGGGGUAAUGUGCAUGCUGUCCAGUUUCAUCCGGAAAAGAGUGGAGAUGUCGGGAUUUCCAUAUUAAAGAAAUUUCUUGACCCCUCUUCAUCUUCAAAGACAAAGAAAUCAGCCAUUGGUAAAGCAUCACGACUGGCAAAGCGAGUGAUUGCAUGUCUUGAUGUGAGGGCAAAUGACAAAGGGGAUCUUGUAGUCACAAAAGGGGACCAGUAUGAUGUAAGAGAACAGUCAAAUGAGAAAGAGGUUAGAAACCUUGGCAAGCCAGUGGAUCUAGCAGGUCAGUAUUAUAAGGAUGGCGCUGAUGAGGUUAGUUUUUUAAACAUAACUGGUUUCCGUGACUUUCCCUUGGGAGAUUUGCCGAUGUUACAGAAGAUAUUGCGCUACACUUCGGAAAAUGUUUUUGUACCACUAACAGUUGGUGGUGGGAUACGAGACUUCACGGAUGGAAAUGGAAGAUACUAUUCGAGCUUGGAAGUGGCAUCUGAAUAUUUUAGAUCGGGUGCAGAUAAGAUAUCAAUUGGAAGUGAUGCAGUUUAUGCUGCAGAAGAGUAUUUGAGAACUGGAGUGAAGACUGGGAAAACCAGCUUGGAGCAGAUUUCUCGAGUUUAUGGGAACCAGGCAGUAGUUGUGAGCAUUGACCCUCGGAGAGUCUAUGUCAGGAGCCCUGAUGAUGUUGAAUUUAAGACCAUUAAGGUUUCUUCCCCAGGUCCCUCAGGUGAAGAGUACGCAUGGUAUCAGUGCACAGUCAAUGGUGGGCGUGAGGCUCGGCCUAUUGGAGCUUUUGAACUUGCAAAAGCUGUUGAAGAACUUGGAGCUGGAGAAAUACUAUUAAACUGCAUAGACUGUGAUGGUCAGGGUCACGGAUUUGACAUAGACUUAAUCAAGUUGGUAUCUGAUGCCGUCACGAUUCCUGUAAUUGCGAGCAGUGGAGCAGGUGCCGUUGAGCACUUCUCUGAAGUCUUUGAAAAGACAAAUGCAUCAGCUGCACUUGCAGCUGGAAUUUUCCAUAGGAAGGAGGUUCCUAUAUCGUCAGUCAAACAACACCUGCUGCAGAAUGGCAUAGAAGUUAGAGCAUGUGAUGGGCAUUAAGGAUGGAAGUGCCAUGAAUCAGCUUAGUUUUUAGAAUCUACAUGGUCUUGCAUGUUUUUGUACUAUUUCAUAACCAAAAAAACUGGUACCAUGGUGCUCAUCUAGAUGGUCUUUUGAGAUGUUGCUUCUCAAGUUAUUUAACUGUAAGAAGUGGCAAUAAACCAUUAGAUUUUAGUCCUAUUUGCUUAGGAUAUGUUUAUUUAGAGGUCGAAAUCAUUGGAGGUGAAGGGGACUAUGUUUUUUUUUUCGUUUACUAGAUGUGGAAUUAGUUGAAAGAUGGAUUUGCAAUCCAUUUGUGGAUUGAGUUUUAUCCUCAUUUUAAUUCCAUCAAAAUCAGUCAAUAUUUUCCUCCUUUCAA